AUGCCCCUCAUCAUUAGUACUUCUACUAGUAAUGUCACAAGGGGUUGCAUCAAGGAUGAAAGAGAAGCCCUCCUGGCAUUCAAAGCUGAAAUCAUAUAUCACAAGGUUCAUCCCAUCUCGUUGUGGGGCGAUCAGGCAGAUGACUGUUACUACUGGGCAGACGUGCGUUGCGAUAACAAUUCUGGCCAUAUCGUCCUUCUCGACCUCCAGCGCAAGCAACCGGGACAAUAUUAUGAUUAUGAUGUUUGGAAUGUUAGGUGCGAUGAGUGGGAUCUGAGUGGCAACAUCAGUGAAUCUCUUAUUGGAUUGCAGCACCUCACAUACCUUGAUCUCAGUGGCAAUUGCUUUAUCAAUAUCUCCAUCCUAAAGUUGUUGGGUUUGUUGGAGAACCUGGUAUAUCUCGACCUCAGCAACAUAGGCUUCACUGGUGUCAUACCUCACCAUCUUGGUAAUCUCACCAAGCUGCAUUACCUCAAUCUAACAACUAAUGAAUUGUUGAAGUUAGGAGUGGUGGGAAGUGAGUAUUCUAGUGAGAAGAAGAAGAAGUUUUUGACUGAGAUUUCAAAUUGA